AUGGUAACUUCAAGAGCAGCGUGUAUUCUGGUGCUGCUGACCGCCGCCCGCGCCGACAACUGGCGCUGGCCCGACAACGCGCGCGCAGCCUCCGUACGCAUCGACACUAAAGUGCGCUUCGUCGACGAUGAGAGGCGGCCGAAUAAAGUACAAGCGGACGAAAUCAAACCUCCAGUGGAGACCGAGGGCUUCUACAACCGUCCGGCGGCCGGGGCCGCGUCCGGCCGCUACGCCGUCCAGUCAGAACCUCACUCGCAACGACUCACAGCUCAUGACCUGCAGCUGAUGAAGCUCAUCAGGCCUCAACAGUACUCGGACGGCACUCUGGACUCGUUGCAGUAUUGCAAGUGCGUCACUUCUUUGACGGCCUCCUGCCACUCGCGCGGCAAUUCUGAGAGAGCGUGUCCAUCCGGCCAAAAUCUAUGUUGCUACAAAAGGCCGAACAGAAAUCCGCAUAACACUGACUCAGGGAUUUUUAGCGAAUUAGAAGAUGAACGUCCCAUGCUGCUUCCAAGUCACGAGAGCAUAGCAGGCCCCUUUGGGAGCCCUGACGAGGAUAUCAUAGGGGCCCUGAAGCCAAGUGUCAACGGGUACCAGAACGGAGGAGAAUACCGGGGCUUGCUUUUUGGACCUGGAGGACCCACUGGACAUAUAGGACCAGGGCGCCGCGAAAAUAGGAUCUUAGUGGGACCAUCUGGCCCUACUGGGCACAUAGGACCCGGAUCGAACAAACAAGUCUUAGUGGGGCCGGAAGGAUCCACUGGCAUUAUUGGUCCUAAUGGCGGUGGUAGAUAUCACGAUGGAAAUAACCAACGCAAUCCUGGACUUUUAGUCGGACCUGAGGGCCCUACUGGUGUUAUUGGCCCAAAUAAUCGCAAUAAUAGAUACCACCAGAACCAAAGUCCUGGCGUUUUAGUUGGUCCUGAUGGACCUUCCGGUGUAAUUGGUCCAAAUUACGGUGACAAUAGGAUUACUCUUGGGCCAAAACAACGGAAUCCUGGAGUUUUGGUCACCGAUGUCAUCGACCACGAGAACAGAAUAGCUGCAAAUAAACGUUACCCAGAAGUUCUAGUCGGCCCCGAUGGACCCACAGGUGUGGUUGGCCCAGGUUAUCGAGAUGACAGAGACUUCACCGCACCAGGCUUUAAUCAGCACCCCGGUGUAUUGGUCGGCCCGGAAGGCCCGACCGGCCACAUAGGCGUUCCUCAAGUACUCGUCGGUCCCGGCGGACCUACAGGCGGCAUCGGGCCGAAUCACAAGCAAGGUGCGUCUCAUGGUGCCGAAAGCGCCCAAGUUUUAGUAGGUCCGGGCGGCCCUACGGGCAUCAUAGGGCCGGGCGGCAGGCGGGGGCGGUGGCAAACGGGGCCCGGGAUUCUCACAGGUCCUGGAGGCCCUACAGGUAUUAUAGGCCCCGGGCAGCGGCUGCUGGUCGGUCCCGGGGGGCCUACUGGCGUCAUAGGCCCUCGUGGAGGCCGCGGCUACGGCGGCUACGGUGGGUACGGCUUCUAGUAUCUGUGAUAAGCUAAGUGACUAAUAACACUAAUCAUGUGCGUGAGUGUUGUAUAAAUAUCAGUGUAGCUAACGAGCCAUAAUGCUAGUGACGACGCCGGACGCUUGCCAUACGCUUGUUAAAUAAAGCUUAGUUUUAAAUUAAGGAAUUCAUUAUUGCAGGGUGUCCGAAAAGGAAGGUUAAUCGACAGAGAAAGAAACAGAAGUGGGUAUAUGAUGAAUAAACGGAUGUAAAA